AUGAAAAUCCUACCGGUGCUUGUCUCCUUAGCCGCAGCGUUCGAGCUGAUCUCCUUGCCAAAUAUCCACUUUCUGGACCUGGGCGGCGCCAUCGGCUUCUUGGGCUCCUUUGACGCCUUGUCCUUCUACUCAUACCAAAAUGCCUCCUCCAAUCUCCUUCCUUCCACAGGGCUGUCGUCCAUAUACCUUCGAAAUAUCACCGACAAUGCAAAUAUGAAAAUCGGCACCAUCGACGGAGGCCUGGUGUCGGAAAUUCUGCCUGUGGGGUCCGACAGCGUGCUCCUCACAGGCACAUUCACGUCCUUUAAUAACGAGUCAUACACCCCUCCCAUCAUAUACAACCUCACCAGCCGCGAGGUUUCCAGCAUAUUUUCUGAGUCCAACAACCAGAAACGAGACACUCUCGACAGCGGCUCCGUCAAGGUCACAUAUGUCGACAAGGACCUAAUCUACAUGGGCGGUGACUUUGAGUUCAACAACACCAGAGGCGCCGCUGUGUACGACACAGCCUCUAAAAAGCUCAAGCUGCUUCCAUUCAAGGGAUUCGGCAACGACUCGGUGGUCAACUCCAUCAGCAAAAUCGAUGGCGAGUCAAAAGAUGACGGCUCCAUCAUAUUCGGCGGCUCCUUCGACACCUUGGGCCUCCCCGAACUAUUAACACUUAAUAUGUCGACAAACAGCUCGCAUUACAACCACUCUAAUUCCACAAAUGUGUCGCUAAUAUCAGCAGAGCAAAAAAUCUCUCUAAAGCAUGGUGAAUUCACCUCCAUCAACUCCGACAGUGAUCCCAAAGGCAUAAUAUGCCCGGACUCAGGCAGCAAUUGGAGAGUACAGCCUAACAGCGGCGGCCAAUGGUCUGUUCAACUACCGUCCGCCAUGGCAGGCCUCAGUCCCACCAAGGUGAGGCUCUAUUUACCUGAUGAUGGUGAGAACGGUAUAAAGACGUUCCGUAUCUACACGUAUCCAAACAACGGUAUCAUGAACCUUACCUAUGUCAACCCAGAGACCAACGAGCUAGCGUAUUGCGACGCUUCUUGUCCCUUGCCCAAAUCCAGCGACCUCCAGCUGCUUGUCGAUGACAACAAGGACAAUGGUGAGGACAUGAUGGAUGAUGAUGACGACAUCUUCGUGAAUGAAGAUGGUUCAUUCUCCAUGUAUUAUGACAGCUCCACAAAGGCCAAGAACCUUGGUUACGGAAGUAACUAUAUGGAGUUUGCCCUUGUGAAUGAUAUUAGCAUCGACAGAGUUGGCUUAACCGUCAUUGACUGGUUUGGCAACUAUGGUGAGCUUGCUGGGUUUGAGCUCUACACCAAUGCUAUCAGUGUUUACGGAAACGACACACUCAAUGACUCUAACUGUGGUUCAGAAGAGCUGAUGUCUCGUAACUCCGCUGAGAUUCAGAGCGGAGACUGGCAGUCCGUACGCUCCUUAGUGGACUCCGUCACCGACACAGACUAUCUCGUAUCAGUUGGAAAUGACAAUGCCGGCAUCACCCUUUACCCAAACAUCUCGUAUGAUGGUGAAUAUUCGCUCCUUUUAUAUACCCCAGGAUGCCAGGCUGACAACUCAUGCGAUAAGAGAUCAAUUGUUAAUGUGACUGUCUUAGACACCGAACUGACUGCUUUGGAGAGCAAGUUGAUUUAUCAAAACAACUACAAUGACAAAUUUGACUACCUUUUCUUUGGUCACAUGAAUGGAUCUUCUAAUGACGAUGGCAGAAACAGAAUCAGCAUCGAAUUUCAUGAUGCUAUCGAUUCAUCUGUCACAGACCCAUGGAUGGUUGUUGAUCGCGCUGUGGCGAAUAUCGUUUCCCUCGAUAGUUACAGUCAAAAGAAUCACACAAACCGUACCUCUCUUGAGGAACGAAGAAAGCAUGACCUCCAGCACAUAUACCUCAAUGGUUUGUUUGAAUACUCGUUGGCAAAUUUCUCGCUGUUUUCAGAAGACCUUGUCUACUCUAAGCUGAACAAUGAGACUAUUAUCAAGAGGACUAACCGUUUUGUGGGCAACUCAUCGAUAAAUGAAAUCAGCGGAAAGCUUGAGAAAAAGUCAACUGUGGACCAAAUGCUUCUUCAGAGUUCUUCAUUGCUCCUCCUUGGUGAAUUCAGCUCAGACAAUAUCACACUCCCAAACGGCAACCUCUUGACUUUUGAGAUUGACGAGUACAACCUGACUCUGAACCUGACUGAAGCAACUUUGAAAGACAAGAGGUUUGUUAAAAGGGAUGACGAGACAAUUUCAGGCGCAACCUUCAACUCGUCCAUUUCAAAACUUGAGGACGUGGAAGGUGGAUUCGUUGCACUUGGUGCUUUUUCAGCUGAGGCUGACGAUGAUGAUUUCAAGAAUCUUCUGGAUGGUAACAGCUCCACAUCGUCGUUCAAUAAUUUUGCCAUUCGCUCUGGAAGCGAUUGGCUAUCUUUCGGCAACUCGUAUAUCGACGCGGAGUUUGAUCAAUUUGUCAAUUUUACCUUCGACGGAUCAGAACUCUUCGUAUUCUCGGCGGAUGAGAACAACUAUCGAGUAUGGGAUACGACUGACAGCCGUUUCUUAGAUAGAAAUGACUUGAAUGUCACGACGGCCGCAAGUCUUUCCCAAAAGGAGCAGCAAGUUUUCGGUGGAACUUUCUUCAACUUGAUGGACUAUUACGGUGCAAAUGAGGCAUUUGUUACAAACAAUUCUCAUGUGAACAGCUAUGGACUCAAUAUCACUAGAGGAGAGAUUUACAGAUCAUUUUACGCCAACUCCACUUUCAGUGUAUUGGGUGGUAAAUUUGAUGUCAACAACACAAGAAGAAAUAUUGCAUUCGUGAAAGAUAACCAGACUUUUACAAUUGAUGACUCAAACUGGGGCGAGCAAACUCUGAUUGACUAUCUUUAUGUGGAUUCUGAUGUCGAUUAUUUGUUUAUUGGAACAAAUGGAAGCGUUGAAGCUCAGGGUACCAACGCAACAGGUCUUGUGUUGCUCCAUUUGGCAAACCAGUCAUUCUCAUCAGUUCAACCGGCCGAUCUUUCAAGUAACCUGGGCCAAAUCCAGGUCAAUGCAAUGGCCUUCUAUGAUGAUGACGAAAAGUUACUCGUCGGCGGCCGCUUCGACAAUGCUGGCUCAUUGGAAUGCGAAGCGGUUUGCCUUUACGAUGUCGCAAACACACGUUGGGAGAGCCCAUCGAGUGACGGAAUUGCUGGUACUGUUACUGAUGCGAAAUUCUUCGACACUGAUACGGUUCUUCUCAGUGGAAACCUCACGGUGAACGACACAAGUGUCACGUUUGCAAUUUUCGAUUUCUCAUCUGGUCAAUUCACUUCGGCGCCUUCAAAUCUCGCAGACAUUGGUGAAUCUAAUGACUAUGUUCGCAAGUUCAUCAUCAAUGAGCGAAGCAGCAAGAAGUUGGAGAGUAGGAUGACCGCUUACGGUGACAACUUCUUGAAAGCAUUCAACGGGUCUCUGUGGUCAGACAUCACAAACGGUAUCGACAUCAAUGAUCAAACCAGCUUCACUGAUAUGAAGUUGCUCCUGCUCCUGUCCAAAAACAAAUCCAGACUGCAAGCUUACUUUGACAACGACAAGAUACUUCUUGUAUCUGGCUUGUUCAACCUUACUGAGUACGGUCUCGUCAACGCUGCAUUCUUUGAUGGCAGCCUGUGGACUCCUUACGUUUACACACUGGUGCACGGAAAUGAAGCAGGUGUAAUUCAACUGUUGCUUGUCAAGGAUACCUAUUCAUUCCGUUCCUCUAAAGACUUGAAGACGAGUUCCAAAAACCUUUCGAAGGGUCAAGUGGUUGGUGUGUCAUUGGCGUGUGCUAUUGGGUCCACCGCCCUUAUAGGUUUACUCUACCUCAUCCCAAUGAUGUAUCUCUUCAAGAAGUCGGACAAGGAAGAGAGAAUGAGUCAAAGAAUCCAUGAAGAUGAAAUGAUGAACGUUGUGAAUCCCGAGGAGUUAUUCCACGAGAUUGAUUUACAAAGGAACAAUUAA